AUGAAGCCACAAUUGGGUGCACGACUGGGUGCUACGCUGGGGUGCAUCUUGGUCACAGCCUUGUCGAUCUGGACAUGCUUGGGUGCAAGUCGAUUCUAUUGGAAAGCCAAGGCUUGGGGGGAGCCUGAGACGUGGCGAGAAAGCAGCUGCCAAGUCUUAUCUGCAGGAGUAAGCUGUGCAGACGAGGAUGGUGUACAUCCCUGCGAUUUGAAUCCUCAUGCCACUUUCGUGCCCACUGGGAGUCCUCCAGUCUUUGGAAGUGAUCAGCUCUCAGUCUGCCCAGGAACCUUUUGGUGCGCAAGGGAGACUGAGCUUUGCCGCUGCAGUGGCGAGGUCAUCUAUGCAGCACUGCUCUUCAAUGGCCAGGUCUACACCCCAGCCACCGUCGACAACGACUAUCGUGUCUCCACUCCAAGCGGCACGGUGCGUUGCGGCAGCGACGCCCACGGGCAGCCGCUUGGGGACCCGGCCCCGGGGCAGACGAAGUACUGCUGGUGCACACCACAGGAAUUGUCGGAUUUGGUGCAGCCAUCCUCAACCCUGCAGUGCUCUGAAGCAACGAAGAAGGACUUCGAUGCGGGCCGGCGGCUCCUCGACAUGGGCCGCCGGCGACGUGUGGUUUACAGUGGCUGGGCACUGGUGGAGGUGGAGCAGCAGAAGACCUGCGCCUAUGAGUACGGUCUACCUUCAGCCACCAACGAUGAGAUCUACCCUGCACGCACCAAUGCACUGGCGCAGGAAUGGGGAAAGCAGCCAAUGAGAGACUGCUGGGUGCGCACUGCUGGGGCUUCUGGGGAUGCCUUUGGCACAAUUUGUUCGGUGGCUUUGGCACGGCCGGACAGCUUCAAGGAUGCCUCCACGAACUCGAAAUGGUUUCAAAUCUUUUGGAUCAUUUUGGGUUCCUUGGGCACCGUGGUCUGCGGCAUCGGGGCCGCUCUGGCUUGCAUGGCUGAGCGUGAUGCCGCCGCUGCUGGGCCACAUGUGGACGAGAGUCAAGGUGGGGUUGCCAUUCCCGAGUACGUGCUGGCGGCGAUUCUUCAGUGGAACGUUCGGAUCCUCCAGAUGGACGCUGACUUCCGCCGAUGCACCUGGCGUGACGACAUGGUCAACACCUGCCGCAGGCCGCCGAUGCACAAGGAGGUGCAAAACCAAACGGUGGGAAUUCUAGGGCUCGGCACCAUCGGCCGCGGCGUCGCGGAGCGCGCCGCGGGGCUGAAGAUGCGGGUCUGCGCGGUGGACGCCAAGCUGCCCGCGACGGUGCCGCCCUACAUGGCCUGGGUAGGCACAGACGCGGAGCUGCCGCGGCUGCUGAAGGAGAGUGACUUCGUGGUGGUUUCCGUGCCGCUGCUGCCACAGACCAAGGGCAUGAUCGGAAUCAAGGAGCUUGCGCAGAUGAAGCCGGAUGGUGUGCUCAUCAACAUUGCUCGAGGGCCCAUCGUGGAUGAGGUGCCCUUGUGGACAGCGCUGCAGAACCAGCGGAUAGGUGGCGCAGUGCUGGAUGUCUGGUGGAAUGAUUUCUCGUGGUUCCAAAAUGGCACUUGGCCUUCCACCUUCAACUUCAGCAGCCUGCCGAAUGUCUGGAUGACGCCUCAUGUCAGUGUGAACACGGCCGAGGCACAUGAGACCACCCUGGAUCAGGCUGCAAGUAACCUUUUGGCCUUAAGCCGUGGAAAGCCUUUCCAGAAUGUGGUCCGCAACGCGAGUGACGCCGGUUCCGCCGGUCAGCGGCCAGCGGUGUUGUUGGCAUGA